CUGGUAAUCGUGGGAUAUCGCCACUUCCAGGGUUUCAAUUACGUGUAUCCAAGAAGUGAGGGGGAGUGAGGGAGUGUUGUGUAGGAGCCAAGAGACGAGAAGAAACAUUAUAAAAGGGGAGACAUUUUCGUUCAACUCCCAUCAUCAUCAGCAUCACAAUCAGUCAAGAUCAGUCUACUUCUAUCUCUCUUCACUUCAAUUACUCGUCUUCUCAGUCGAUUAUUCCAAAGCAUCAAAAUGAAGGUUGCUACCGAAACUCCCACCUCCCCCGUCUCUCUGACGUCCUCUGUGGCCAGCUCCAACACCAUCACCAUCACGGUGGAGAAGGACGGUUUCUACGAAGUCAACGGCGCCAGACAGGAGCCAACCGUGAACGUCCAGAUCGUUAGCGGUGCCUCCAAGCUGCGCAAGAUGAUCUUCAACAACUCGGAUGAAAUGAUCGUCUGCCCGGGUGUCUACGAUGGCUUGUCGGCACGGAUCGCUAUGUCGCUGGGCUUCAAGGCCAUGUACAUGACCGGGGCGGGAACCACUGCGUCCAGACUCGGGCAGCCCGAUCUUGGCUUGGCACAGCUCCACGAUAUGCGUACCAAUGCGGAGAUGAUCACCAGUCUGGAUCCUUACGGCCCGCCUCUCAUUGCGGAUAUGGACACUGGCUACGGCGGCCCCCUCAUGGUAGCCAAGUCUGUGCAGCAGUACAUCCAAGCCGGUGUCGCAGGCUUCCACAUCGAAGACCAAAUUCAGAACAAGCGCUGCGGUCAUCUGGGCGGCAAGAAGGUCGUCUCCCAGGACGAAUUCCUCUCCCGGGUCCGCUGCGCAAAGCAGACCAAGGACCGCCUCCGCUCCGAUAUCGUCCUGAUCGCCCGUACCGAUGCACUCCAGCAACACGGCUACGACGAGUGUAUCCGCCGCCUCAAGGCGGCCCGUAACCUGGGCGCAGACGUCGGCCUGCUCGAGGGAUUUACGAACAAGGAGCAGGCACGCCAGGCCGUGAAGGAUCUUGCGCCGUGGCCUCUUUUGCUCAACAUGGUUGAGAACGGUGCGGGCCCGAUCAUUCCAGUCGAUGAGGCGCGGGGAAUGGGAUUCAAGAUUAUGAUUUUCUCCUUUGCGACUUUGGCGCCGGCUUACCUGGGGAUCAAGCAAGGUUUGGAGACACUCCGCGACCAGGGCGUGGUCGGUGUUCCUGAUGGGUUGGGGCCGAAGAAGCUGUUUGAGGUGUGCGGGCUGAACGAUUCGAUGAGGAUUGACACUGAAGCUGGUGGCAGUGGAUUUAGCGGUGGUGUCUGAUUGGUCUCUUGUAUUUAUUACUUUUGCUGCGAUAGUUUUGACAGA